AUGUCAACACAUUUCAGAAUACCUGUAGUCGAUCGAUUUCCCAGUCAAGUUACAAGUUUGGCCCACAUUGCUAAUGCGAACAAGACUGUGAAAGAGAAGCUUAUUCCAAGGCAGUUAGAGAUGUUCAAGAGAAUAGUUUUUGAGCGAUUUGAAGAUGUUGACAUGGUGUUCAACAACCAAAUUAUCCAUCAUAUGUUAUUGAGAGAAGUGAAGAGAACGAGAGCUGACUCAAUCUCAUUCUCUGUUGGUGGAAAUAUCGUCACUUUUUCGAAUGAUGAUUUUUUGUCGAUGACUGGUUUGUGGCGAUCCCCUAUGCGAGUUGAUCGGUAUGAGCAAUCCUCAUAUGAACUUGCAAUCAAGUAUUUCGUUAAUCGAGUGACAAAGGACACCUUACAUCUCCGUCUACUAGAAGAAAAAUACAAGGAGUUGGAGUUUGAAAAUGACGGGGAUGCUGUGAAGAUCACAUUAGUCUAA